AUGGCCAACAACUUUAUCAGCCAAGUAGAGAUAGAAGAAAGAAUUCAGUGUUUAAUAUGUCACGGUCGUCUGGAGCAUCCAAAACAACUAAGUUGCACACACAGUUUCUGUCUGGGUUGUCUGCGACGAAGUUUUCGUGGCAACAAAAUAUCAUGUCCUUCCUGUAAAUUUGUAACGAACAUCCCGCAAUCUGGCGUGGAGGCACUGCAGGAUGACCAUUUUUCGAACGCGCUUAUAGAAUUAGUGAGCCCCUCCCGCCAGAGACCGGCAUCGCCCGGAUUCUAUCCCAGCAUUACUUGCAAAUCCCAUAGAAAGAAUCUGGAUAUCUACUGUAUCACAUGUGAGGAACCGGUAUGCUACGAAUGCCUGCGUCACCAUGGUGACCAUCUGUAUGAGGCUUUGACUGAUGUGAGCACGCAUCGAAGGAGAGAUCUGCGCAACAUGUGUGUACGAUUAGAAGAAGCUACACAUACGAUUAAUGGAAAUAUUUUACAACUGCAGCACCUAAAGAGCAGACUUGGGCAGGAUUUAGAUACGACUAAGGCGGAAAUCAACGAACGCGCCCAGAGACAGAUCCAACUUAUUGAGAAGCAACGAGGAACUGUAAUUAAUGACCUGGAGAGACAAACCAAUAACCAGUUACAGCGCGUGCAACAGAUACACCAAGGAUGGCAGGAUGCGGUAAAAACUAUACAAAACUGUGAAUCAUACACGAGUCAGUUAAUAGAGGAUAGCAAUGAUGUUGGUUUCUUGAAACACGAGCGGGAGGCGAAGGAAAGGUUACUGCGCCUGCGCAGUGUGCCUUUACCGGUUUAUCAGAUCCAGCCAAGGCGAUACGUACAUUUCACCAGCAACGAAGAAUUCCUGAGAAACUCGACGAUUGAAGACUUGGGACACUGUCGUGAUUGCCAAUCUGUGAUUUUCCCCCGUAAAUACCGUGAAAAGCUCACUUUCCCGUCAUCCUCCACCAAUUUGAAACCAAGCUUACGUAAUCCAUAUGACGUCGCUCUGUGUCUAAAUAAUGACAUUAUUGUCAGUGACAAUGGAAAUCAGACUUUGCAACUUUUUGACAAAUUUGGGGCGUAUAUCAAAAAUGUUACCCCAAAUAUUACAGGAUUUGACCCUAAGGGUAUUGCUAUAACAAGACAAAACAAACUAAUAAUAUCAGACUGCAGAAAUAAUAGAGUUGUGAUUAUAGAUUCAAAUGGUAAACUGGAGAAAACCAUCGGAGACAUAGUCGAACCAAUAGGGAUCGCGAUAAGCAAAGAUGGCAGUAUAUAUGUUGUUAGUUAUGGCAGCCACUGCGUAAAGAUUUAUUCAUUCCAAGGAAAAUUUCGUUUAACGUUUGGUGGAAAUGGAAAUGGUCAUGGGAAAUUUAACCAUCCCAUGUUUAUUGCUAUUAAUUCUAAAGACCAGUUGAUAAUUAGCGAUAAUUACAAUAACCGAGUACAGAUACUAGAUUCGCAAGGAUUUUAUCAAUUUUCUAUCUGCCAAUGGGGUGAAAACGAACCGUUAACGUAUCCAAGAGGGGUGGCAAUCGAUUCUCAGAACAACAUCUACGUCAGCAGUGAACGUGGGAUCCAUGUAUACAGCGAAGAUGGACUAUACAUAAACCAGGUAUCAUCUAAACAUCCGGGAAUUAGACAUAACUACUUCGGUGUUACAGUUGCAAAACGUGACCCACCAAAAGUGAUCGCAGUGGACCAUCACAACAAGUUUAUCACAAUUUACGAAUGCGAGGAAGAAGACGCGGUUCGUAUCCAGGUAAUUCAGGCAUGUAACCCUGGUAACAUUUUUCCUAGGAGGCACAGGCAAAUAUUCAUAGAAGACAAAGAGAACAGAACACAUGCAAAAAGUGGAGUUUGUAUAAUCCUGUAG